CGCCGCCGUCAGGCCGUCCUAUCUCUUUCAGCCGUCGAAGUUGGCGGAUCUCUACAAUGUUGGCGGAUCUCUUCUAGCCGUGACAACUCCGCCAUGAUGCCGCUGCAUCAAUCUCUUCUACCCCAAUAUCUCUCUACGUUGGCGAAUGUCCAGAUCUCCCAAUCAAAUCUAUAGUCAACAAGAGAGUUGUUACAAUAGUAAAUUUCCAUAUCUGUAGUAAUGUUUUUAGAUUUGUGGUAAUUAUUAUGAAUAAUAAUGGGUUAUAUUAGUAGCAAUUUUACAUAUUUGAUUGAGGUUUUAUGGUGUAGUAGUGGUUCUUGGCUAACUACCUAUUUUAGUCGCUACACAAGAAACAUAAAUCGCUACACAAAAAAUACAAAACCAUUCCAGUAAAUUAUUAAAUCACUACUAAUACCAAUUCAAUUGCUACCAGAAAAUUUCUAAAUCACUACUAAUGACAAUUUAAUUGCUACCAGAUAAAUUCCUAAAUCACUAUGGAUAACACUUAAAAUAAAAAACCACUACUAUCAAACCAAAAUAAUCUUUUUUUAUAAAAUAACUAGUACACGGAGGAAAGAGAAAAUAUAUUUUAAUUAUUUAUUAUUUUUAAUAUUGUGAGAUACCAAACAAACCCUUUAUUAAUAACCACCAUCAGAUUAACUUAAAAAAUUGAUGGUGAUUAGAGUAGUUAUCACGGUGCUAACUCCUAUGAAGUUAGCACUCUAACCUUUGUAGUUUUGUUCAAUUCAUUACAGGGCCUUGUAUUAGCCGCUUCCGACACAACCAUGGUGACAAUGACCUGGCUCCUCUCACUCCUAGUCAACCACUCCGACGUCUUGACAAUAGCCCAAUCCGAGCUGGACAACCACGUGGGCAACCAACGUCGAGUUCAAGAGUCCGACCACCGCCACCUGGAGUACCACAAAGCCAUCGGCAAGGAAACCCUCCGCUUGUACCCUCCCGGCCCGCUCUCCUUGCCACACAAAUCUAUGGAAGACUGCACCUUCUCCGGCCGGUCCGUUCGCAAGGGCACCUGGCUCAUCGUCAACAUGUCCAAGAUCCAGUACGACCCGAGGGUCUGGUCGGACCCGGACGAGUUUCGGCCUGACCGGUUCCUGGCAACCCAUAAGGAUAUCGAGCUGAGGGCGCAGGACUUCGAGUUGAUACCGUUUGGCAGUGGAAGGAGGAUGUGUCCUGGUGUGAAUUUCGCGUUGCGGGUUAUGCACCUGACCCUGGCUACGCUCUUGCAUGGGUUCGAUUUCGUGAGGCCCGGCUGCAAACCGGUUGACAUGACGGAGGGGAUCGGGCUGAUUGUUCCUAGAGCUACUCCUCUUGACGUUUUGUUGUCUCCCCGCCUGCCUCCUCAUCUAUAUGGGUGAACCGAAUAUAAUUAAGUAUUAAUUUCGUUUUUGUAUUUGAAUGAAGAAUCAAUGUACUUGACAUUAAUAUUAUUGUUGUAGGCGUACUUACAUUCUCUAGAAUAAUACGGUCAUUCAUACUGUGGUGAAAAGUGAUCGGUAUUGUAUAAUCUUACUAGAAUAAGGAUCACAAUUUAAG